GUAGUGGCCAUGGAAGCAGCACUUUGAUCCCUCAUACCAUCAUCAAUGAGUUUCCAGAGUACGGCACCGUAGAGCCAAGCGGAGACACGCCGAGGGCUUCAUCGCCGCGCCAGGCAGAGCCUACAAUUCGAGACCUGACGCUGGGGCAACGCAGCUGCGCGCCCCAGAAGGAGGUUGGCAACCUGCAGCGAACAGCUGAGGAAAAAAUGCAUUUGAUCGUAGAGAAAGAUCUGGCUGCAAUAUGGACCGGAGAAAAGCAGUCCGAGUCCUUGCAAGCCAUCAGUAAUAAAGCCGAGGAGGUCCACGCAGCGCAGAAGACAAGCUGUCAUAGACCAUCUGUGACAAACCUGGAAGCAGCCAGCAGAGUGGAGGGGUGGGCGCAUUUUGAGGAGUUUUCAGCGUACAGUCAAGGCAAAAUGCAAAUGGGUCCUGAGAGGAGGCUCUCUAAAGAGGCAGCUGUGAGCAAACAUGUAGAAUUUCAAGGGGUGGAGAUUUUAUGGCUGCAAAAAGCCGAGGAGCAGAGAAGAAAGAAGCACUCACUCCUGGAGGCUGUGUCCGUGGAGAGGAAGGCGUUCCCCAAAACGUCCAGCCACCCCAUGCCACCGACGGUCUCCCCAGGCUUGGUCUCGUCGCCGGACAGUGCUUGGAGCGAGGUCUGUGGGGACCCGAGGCUGGGACCUGCUGCCUCUGGAGCCACUCCUCUGGCGCUGCUCGAUGAAAGCGGGGAGGAUGAAGUUUUUGUGAAGGACAAGAAGAACCGUGGCGAGGAGGAGACGGCUGUGCUAGCGAGAGGCCAGGGCAGGGUGAUGGAGGCGGGAGAAGCAGCCACGGGAGGAUAUGAAGAUGUCCUCGGGCAGAGGCACUCCGAUGUCUCCACUGAUCUGUACAGCUCACAGUUCGAAAACAUCCUAGACAAUGCAUCUUUAUACUACAGCGCGGAGUCACUGGAGACGUUGUACUCGGAGCCCGAUAGCUACUUCAGCUUUGAGAUGCCACUCACUCCCAUGAUCCAGCAGCGCAUGAAGGAGGGCGGCCAGUUUUUAGAUCGGACGUCAACCUCGGGGCAGCCAGAUGUCCUGCAGCUUCCCCCUGACGGGGAGGUGGAGGGCUGCGGUGAAGGCAUCACCAAUGGCUUAAGGGAUGUAAGCGAAACACUCUUCAGAGGAGACGUCACGGAAGUCCCUCGUUUGGAAAGCAAUGCUGAACUGCAGAAUAUGGUGUUAGACUCCCGUGCUGCCAUGGGAAGCAAUGAACUUCAGGAGAAAGAUGCCCCCGGAGCCCUUGGCCACGAUCUCAGCAAUGGCAGCGGCAGCAAUUUGGAAGCAGCCAGGCGCCUGGCUAAGCGCCUCUACCAUCUGGACAGAUUCAAACGCUCCGACGUGGCAAAGCAUUUGGGUAAAAACAACGAAUUCAGCAAGCUUGUGGCCGAAGAAUACCUUAAGUUUUUUGACUUCACAGGCAUGACGCUGGACUACUCGCUCAGGAGUUUCUUUAAAGCCUUUUCACUUAUUGGAGAAACUCAGGAACGAGAGAGAGUUUUAAUCCACUUCUCCAGCAGAUACUACCAGUGCAACCCAAACACCAUUUCUUCUCAAGAUGGAGUUCACUGUCUCACGUGUGCCAUGAUGCUGCUGAACACAGACCUGCAUGGCCACAACAUUGGGAAAAAGAUGACCUGCCAAGAGUUCAUUGCUAACCUCCAGGGGAUGAACGAUGGCAAAGACUUCCCGAAAGGGCUGUUGAAGGCCCUCUACAAUUCAAUCAAGAAUGAGAAGCUGGAAUGGGCAGUGGAUGAAGAAGAGAAAAAAAAGUCUCACUCAGAUGGUACAGAUGAAAAGGAUAAUGGGAGCCAGACGAAGGCUGUCAGUCGAAUUGGCAACUCAAAUAACCCAUUCCUGGACAUCCCUCAUGACCCCAAUGCUGCUGUGUAUAAAACUGGAUUUCUGGCUCGGAAAAGCCAUGCAGAUAUGGAUGGAAAGAAAACUCCCCGGGGAAAGCGAGGCUGGAAAACCUUUUAUGCUGUGCUGAAGGGAACGGUCCUGUACUUGCAGAAGGAUGAAUAUAAACCAGAAAAGGCUUUGUCGGAGGAAGAUCUGAAGAAUGCAGUUAGUGUGCAUCAUGCGCUGGCAUCCAAGGCAACAGACUAUGAGAAGAAACCCAAUGUCCUCAAACUUAAAACAGCAGAUUGGAGGGUCCUGCUUUUCCAAGCCCAGAGCCAAGAAGAAAUGCAGACCUGGAUCAACAAGAUUAACUGUGUGGCCGCCGUCUUCUCUGCACCGCCAUUUCCAGCGGCAAUUGGCUCUCAGAAGAAGUUCAGUCGCCCACUCCUGCCAGCCACCACAACAAAGCUAUCUCAGGAUGAACAGCUGAAGUCCCAUGAAGCUAAGCUGAAGCAGAUCUCCACUGAGCUUGCCGAACAUCGCUCCUAUCCUCCUGACAAGAAGCUGAAAGGCAAGGAAGUAGAUGAUUACAAACUGAAGGACCACUAUCUGGAGUUUGAGAAAAAUCGCUAUGAGAUUUACGUUGGCCUCCUGAAAGAAGGGGUGAAGGAGCUGCUGAGUGGAGGAGAGAACGAUGCGCCAGGACUGAAGAAAUCCCACUCGAGUCCCUCGUUGAAUCAGGAGUCUCCAGUUAGUGCCAAGGUGAAACGCAAUGUCUCGGAGAGGAAGGACUACAGGCCAGAAACCCCCAGCAUUAAGCAGAAGGUCACUUAG